CUUCAACCUCUCCUCAACGAUAAGGGAAAUCCACACAUUGCCCAAUCAUUCCCAUCCCUUCUUCACGUCCACAUCUCUCUCUCUGACCCAACAACAACACCCAAUCAAAAACCACCCCAUUUCCCACAUCCACAUAAUAAUCAAACCCUUCACUUCACAAACACACACACACACUCUCUUCCUCUCUCACUCUUCUCAGACACAUAUCACAAACACUUAGCCAUGGCUUCAGCCACCGCACCCACCACCCUCUCUCUUCUCCCCACCACCACUUCUUCUUCCACCUCCCACACUCGCUCUUCACUCCUCCACCUCUCUCCCACUUCCUCUUCCAUUUCUCUGCGCUCCACAAGCCUUCGUCGCCUUGGUUUCUCUGCCGCUGAUCCUCUCUUAUCUCUCAAAGUGGCCUCCAAAGUCCGUUCAUUUGGUGGCAAAGGAGUGAGGGGCGUUGUGUCUAUGGUCAAGAAGAGUGUUGGAGACUUGACUUCCGCGGACUUGAAGGGGAAGAAGGUGUUUGUGAGAGCUGACUUGAAUGUGCCUCUCAAUGACAACCAGGAGAUCACUGAUGAUACAAGGAUCAGGGCUGCUGUACCAACUAUCAAGCAUUUGAUUCAGAAUGGGGCAAAAGUCCUUCUUUCCAGCCAUUUGGGACGACCAAAGGGUGUUACUCCAAAAUUUAGCCUGGCACCACUUGUACCUCGACUUUCUGAACUCCUAGGCAUUCAGGUUGUAAAAGCAGAUGACUGUAUUGGUCCAGAGGUAGAAAAGUUGGUGGCUUCACUUCCUGAUGGCAGUGUUCUUCUUCUUGAAAAUGUGAGAUUUUACAAGGAGGAAGAAAAGAAUGAUCCUGAGUUUGCAAAGAAGCUUGCAUCCUUAGCAGAUCUUUACGUGAAUGAUGCAUUUGGAACUGCACAUAGAGCUCAUGCAUCAACAGAAGGAGUUACAAAAUUCUUGAAGCCAUCUGUUGCAGGGUUCCUAUUGCAGAAGGAACUUGACUAUCUUGUUGGAGCAGUAUCAAGGCCAAAGAGGCCAUUUGCAGCCAUUGUGGGUGGCUCAAAGGUUUCAUCCAAGAUUGGAGUAAUUGAAUCGCUUCUAGAAAAGGUUGAUAUCCUACUUCUAGGUGGAGGAAUGAUCUUCACUUUUUACAAGGCACAGGGUAUCUCAGUAGGUUCAUCCCUGGUAGAAGAAGAUAAGCUUGAUCUUGCAACAACACUCAUGGAGAAGGCCAAGGCAAAGGGAGUUUCUCUUUUGUUACCUACCGAUGUGGUAAUUGCGGACAAGUUUGCUCCUGAUGCUAACAGCAAGAUUGUGCCAGCUUCUGCCAUCCCUGAUGGCUGGAUGGGGUUGGAUAUUGGACCAGAUUCCAUUAAGACAUUCAACGAUGCUUUGGAAACAACUAAAACUGUCAUUUGGAAUGGACCAAUGGGAGUGUUUGAGUUUGACAAGUUUGCAGCUGGAACAGAGGCUGUAGCAAAGAAGCUGGCAGAACUUAGUGGGAAGGGAGUGACAACAAUAAUUGGAGGUGGAGAUUCUGUUGCUGCAGUAGAGAAAGUAGGAGUUGCUUCUGUGAUGAGCCACAUUUCAACUGGUGGUGGUGCUAGUUUGGAACUGUUGGAAGGCAAACAGCUUCCUGGUGUCCUUGCUCUUGAUGAAGCCACACCAGUUGCUGUGUAAGGCAAUUUUAAUUUGAUUUUUUUUUUUUUACCCCCAUCGUUGCGUUAAUGUUUUCAUUUGAGGUUGUAAUGCGAAAUGAAAUGCUGUAGGAAGAUAUGAGCUGUUGUUGUAAAUGUACAUUUGUUAUAUUUGAUGUAAGGUCGGAUUCAAUCUCUCAA